AUGAACCUCUCAGAACUCAUCCACCGGCCAUCUGAAGACGGGCAAUCGGUGGUUUCUUCCAAUUACGAAUCCUCCUUUCAACGCUCACCAACAGAGCCAAUGCACCUCGACACUCUUUAUAAUAAGGUCGGCUCAGACCUCAUGGACACUCGCUUUACAACCGACCACCACAACCAUCAACAUCAACAUCUCAUCCACGAUGCUUAUUCGUCCUCAAAGCUAAUGACGACCAGCAGCAGCAACAGUAGCAGUGGAAGCCCUCAUUGGCAAUUUGCACCUCCAGAAAGCUCUCGAUCACCCUACGCUAGCACCCUCUCUGAUCAGUCUAUCAAUGAGCCUUUACGACCUACCUCUGAUCUACGUGGUGGUGGUGGUGGUGGUAGUGGCAGUACGACUAGCAAUAGUACUACUGGCGGCGGCGGCGGUGGGGCCAAUAGCAUCUCCAAUGGAGUCGGCGGCAGCAGCAGCAGCGGCGCCAUGAGCACAACUGCACGAGGACCCAGCAGCAAUUCUCCUGUGUCACCUAUCCCUUUAGAUAAUACAUCAUCGGUUGAUCAUCAUCAUCAUCAUCAUCAUCAUCUUUAUCGAAAGCGGAGACUAUCACUCAAUGACUCUUCUUCUUACAACAAUUAUUCACCUGACGAUAAAUCCACUGAUCAACACCUUCCAUCAUCAUCAUCAUCGCCACCAUCAUCAUCAUCCAAAUCGACUUCUACCGGCAUUGCUGGUCUCUAUGGCCGCAAGGAUAUGACUCUUACCAUUAAUGGCACCAAUGUCACCAAGGACAACAUUGAAGAAGGUUACGUCCAGUUCAUUUGGCACAAUGAUCCUUCCUAUAUCGGUGAUAGCAUUGAAAAUCUCAUGUAUGUCAAACGCAAAUUCUCCUCUGUACCCAAGACCGGUGAUUUGGCAUACACCACAUGGGAUGUUUAUGCACUUGUCAAGAAAUUACACAACAACGAGAUAAAGAAUUGGUCACAAUUGGUGGGAAGAUUGGGCUUAGCUGAUGUACCUGGACGACCCCAAUUUGCUCAACGUGUCAAGCGAUGGAUGCGCAAAUACCGAAUUGAUUGUUACUUUGAUUAUCUCCUGGGCAACCCUUACAAUUUCAACGCCGGUCCUAAUGACGAAUACACGGGAUGCUUAGUCAUGGGCAACUAUCAAAAGAGACGUGGCAACCGUACACAUACCAUGGUUACCAACAGCAAUACAGCAACAACACAUUCCACUGAUGACCUGGAUUCGAGAAAAUCCACCGAUGAAUUUCCUUCAACACGAAAACGACACAAGCACCAUGAUGACGAUGACAACAAGGACGAGAGUGGGGAUAACGAUGAGGAAGAAGAUGAUGAUCGCAAUACACGUCGAACACCUAUUGCACAUGCUGGUAGCCGAAAACGAGCACGUAAUCAGCCUUUGUUAUCGUCUGGUAUUGAUGAUGAUCAAGAACAUGAUGAUAAAGAGCACUUGACAACAACAUCGACUUCUACUACUGCUAUUGCUACUGAGGAGGAAAGGGAAGGAGGGAACGCUGAAGACAAUACACAAAUGGCAGAACAACCACCUAGUGUAUAUCCAAUGGAGUAUUUACGAGAGGAUGAAGAGGAUGAAUUGGCAUCAUCAACAUCAUCAUCGCCUGCCACUUCACCAGCAGCAUCAUCACCAGAGCCAUCUCCUGAAUCGUUAUCAUUAUCAGCUAAAUCUACAAAACCACGACAACAACAACAGCAACUUCCAUCUUCAUUAUCCACUACCCCUCCUGCUGCACCACCUUUAUCACCACCAUCAUCAUCAUUUAAAACUACUGAAGCAACACCAGCACCAGCACCAACCACAGAUCUCUCUUUAUCAUCACCAUCACCAUCACAACCACCAGCAUCCUCAUCAUCCGUUGCCGCUGUUGUCCCUACUACCAAUGCAUCUCCUCGUUCACAAUCACCAUCACACGAUCAUCAUCCUCAUCAUCAUCAUUCCCACUCUCCUUCUUCAUGCCAAAACUGUACACGCCUUCAAGAUACUGUGAGCCAUCUACAAGACGAUAUUGUAUUACUCAAACAGCAAUUAUCAACCAUGCAGACACGGCUUAACGAGGAAUCUGAAGCUAAAACAGCCAUGGUGCGUCGAAUCGACCAAUUGUGUACACACUAUGAUAAAUGGCGGACGCAACUUGCUGAGCAGCUCUUACAAAGCCCAUUUGCAGAGUAA